AUGUCCUGGUGGAAUUACUUGUCCAAUUAUUUUCCCAACGUUUCACAAGAUAUUGCAGCUAGCUUCGUCGGGGCUAAAAGUCACACCGAUACCGGUAUGUUAAUUGGUAAGCAACGAAUUGGAAUGCGAACAGGCUUCGCUAUAUUAAGCUAGCUGCAAUGCUUGCGAAACAUUGGGAAAAUAAUUCCACCAGAACAUUGCUUAUACUUGGAAGCCUUGACACACCGGCUCGGUCAAAGAAAGAAACAAUGAGGUCGUUUCGAUUGUUAUCCGGAUACGAUAUGCCCACUGUAGGCUUGGGCACAUGGCAGGCUAAACCGGAAGAAAUUGAAAAUGCUGCAACAACUGCUUUAGAUGCUGGUUACAAACACAUCGAUACCGCAUUUAAUUACAAUAAUGAAGAAGCAAUUGGAGCAGUAUUAAAAAAGUGGUUUGCAAAAGGUGGAAAACGAGAGGAUCUCUUUAUCACUUCGAAGUUACCCAACUACGGCAAUCGACCAUCAGAAGUGGACAAAUUUAUUCGUAUGUCAUUGGAAAAACUUGGAUUGGAUUAUUUGGACAUGUACUUAAUUCACAUGCCUUUUGCUUUUCAAAGGGAUGAAUCCGCUUAUGUCCCAGCUACUCGUGCAGAUGGAAGUUUUGUCUUAGAUCUUGAUACAGACCCUGUUUCGGUGUGGAAGGAAAUGGAAGAACAAGUGAGGAAAGGUCGUACAAGAUCCAUAGGUUUGAGUAACUUCAAUGAGAAACAAGUAUUAAGUAUAUGGGAGAAUGCACAAAUUAAACCGAGUAACUUACAAAUAGAACUACAUGCCUAUUUGCAACAAAAUUCACUGAGAGAAUUGUGCAAAACGCACAACAUUAUCGUAACAGCCUACAGUCCACUCGCGUCACCAGGAGCCAAACUGCACUUUAAAACGAAAUACAAUGUUGAUAUCGCAGAAUUUCCAAGCCUUUUCCGGCAUCCUGUCGUAGAAAAGCUGAGCACAGAUUACAAGCGUACAGCGGCACAAAUUUUAUUGCGUUACCUGCUACAGUUGGGCGUCGUUGUGAUUCCGAAAAGCGCGUCCCCAGAAAGAGUCAGAGCGAACAUUGAACUAUUCGAUUUUGCAUUAAACGAGGACGACGUGAAAUUGUUGAGAACUUUAGAUAUGGGUCCUCGUGGAAGAAUUUUCAACUUCUUAUUCUUUAACGGAGUUGAGAAACAUCCGCAAUAUCCAUUCAAAGAUGAACUGGCAUCGUAACUGAAAAGAAACGUAUGUAGUGUCUCUUUAUAUUUAUGUAUAAUUAUACAUUGCAAUCUGACGAAAUACAGUACAAAAUGGGAAAUACGUAAUAACGCAUAAAUGCACAAUGUCAUUAUAAUAAAAUAAGAAUAUACGGUACAUGAAAUAACAAAAAAAGAAAAAAACGUCAUUACAUUUCAAUGCAGCCUAUACAACAUUUUACGUUGCAUACGAUGCUGAAGUUCUCCACGACGUAUCAUCGUGUGUAUCACUUUAUAAACAGCACGUUCCGGAUAUGCUUGCUUUACAAAAUCUUUGACGACGUUCUGCUCAGACACUUGAUUCCCAACAGGAAAUCUACGUUUCAGUUGUUUCUCGAUGCGAGAUAACAUCUCAUGAUCUUCGUCCGAGAUUACCAGCUAGCGAUCCAGACAUUGCAGCAUCCAAAGUUGAGAUUUGAAACAGUCUCAGAGCUUCGUUGACAUGGACUUCGGUGGCAAAGGCCUUUAACUGCAUUUUUGCCAGCGAUUCUGAAAUUCUUAUAACAGCUUCCAACUGACGUACUGUUAUGGGGAUAGAUAGUCUCUUCUCAAUUAAUUAUCAUUAAUUUGAAAAGAUUUUAGAAACUACUUUCACCUUCAUGCCCCUCAAGGAACUUGGAUGCGCAUCCGAAGACAAUAGCAGUUGGAUGUCCUCGACCUUCUCUUCCCCUUCCGGUCUCGGGGCACUAAAGAUUCAUCAAAAGCUGCCAAAUCCUCCAAAUUAACUUCCACCCAAUACUGGCCAAGAUUGUAAUUCCGCUUUAAAGUGUCUCUUAAACGAUCAGUAAAUUAUUUAUGGAAUUAACAGGAGAACAACAAGAAAGUAUACAAUAUAUUUAAAUACAAGAGUAAAUAGUAAAAACACGAAAGUAUAACAGUAUAUCAUUUUAAAUACCUGUAUUUAUAAUUGAAAUUUCCUUCGUGAAAUUGUCUGAUAAAUUCCAUGAACUUCUUUUUAUAAAAUUGGAGAUUAGUUUGCGAUUGUGCUUUAUUAGUGUCGCCUACCGAAAAAUUAUCGGAAAAGAAUAUUCCUGGAUCGUCAAAUCCUUCCAUUUUCCACAGUUAAUUUCUACAAAUUUUUAACGUAAAUGUAAGAUAUUCUAACUACACACACGUAUACGGUGGAAUUGGCGGGAAAUACUUGAAGAAUGUUUGUUUCUAAUUUAAUAUGUAAGCAUAGAUUUUAUGUAUCAUAGAAUAAAUAUGCAUAUCGAAAA